AUGAGAUUGCUAUACGCCCUCCCCGCGACUUGCGCGCUCAUUUACCGCGCCAAGAGCAGAAACUCUUUAACGCCCGCUGGCAUCUUCGCUGCGACUCUGACAGCAAUCGCCCACGCCUAUCACCCAUGGAAUCUACCAUUUGCACUCCUCUGCGUCUUCUUCCUCGCCGGGACGCGUGUGACACAUAUCAAAGAAAACAUCAAAUCCAAUUAUACACUCCGUUCAAAGGGCACAUCCGGAGGAGAAGGGCCUAGAACGCAUGUUCAAGUCCUCGCCAACAGUUUGAUGGCCUCUGUUCUCUCCCUCCUUCACGCAAACCAGCUACGCAAACGAGAAGCCGCAUUCGCCGAUCCCAAUACCCCGGAUCCUACGGGAUCACUAUGCUUCUCAUGGGGCGGUGACCUCUUGGUCGUUGGAAUUAUCGCCAACUAUGCGGCCGUUGCGGCCGAUACCUUCAGCUCCGAGCUCGGCAUUCUCUCUUCAGGCCAACCUCGCUUGAUUACAUCGCCAACACUACGAAAAGUGCCCCGCGGAACAAACGGUGGUGUUACUCUACUGGGCUUGGGUGCAGGCUUGCUUGGGUCCAUGAUCAUCGUCACUGCAUCCAUCAUGUUCUUGCCCUCCUGUAAUGAGGAAUCUGCUCAGUCGCCCGCAGGUGGUGCACCCUGGACAACUCUAGAGCGCCGCAAAUUCAUGGGUUUCAUGGUGCUCUGGGGUGCUCUUGGCAGUGUCUUGGACAGUUUCUUGGGUGGCCUGUUUCAACGCUCAGUUCGGGACGUACGUUCUGGUAAGAUCGUUGAAGGAGAAGGCGGCAACCGAGUGCUGGUAGCCGAGUCUGCUCAGGAUGCUGCGGCGCAUCUGAAAAAGGCAGACGUCAAAGAGAAGUCAGGCGGCUCCGCUAUUGCAGACGAUGACGAUGCUCACGUUGGCGUUUACGAUGCUAAGGACAAGCACCGCAAGUCAAGUUUCGGUGAUCAGCAACCUUCUAGAACCAUUGAAAACGGGUGGGAUCUUCUGGACAACAAUGAUGUCAAUUUCCUCAUGGCGGCUAUGAUGAGCGUUGGCGGCAUGGCAGUAGCAAGCUGGUAUUGGGACGUCCCCAUUCAGAGCGUCAUGGGUGUGUAG